AUGUCUCUAUGCUCCGAUGUCCAUGAGCCACCGUAUAAAGUCCAACAGAGAAAGGACUCAAAGGCUCACCCCAGCCGCAAGCGCAUUGUUAUCUGCUGCGACGGAACAUGGCAAUCCGCCGUCUCAGGCAAGAAAAAUGUCCCAUCUAAUGUGACGCGUCUCUGUCGCGCUCUGAACAGUGUCGGAACCGACGAACAUGGGAAUCAGUGGCAGCAAAUAGUCUGGUACGAUUCUGGAGUUGGCACAACUUCAGGUCCAUUGGGACAAAGGAUCGAAGGCGCCAUUGGCCUAGGUCUGGAAGGGAAUGUCCUCGAAGCGUAUAACUUCCUUGUCUUGAAUUACAGACCGGGCGAUCAGAUUAUGUGUUUUGGUUUCUCGAGGGGUGCGUUCACGGCACGCACCAUUGCUGGUCUGAUCUCGGAUAUUGGCAUUUGCAGUAAACAGGACCUGAACCGGUUUCCCGAUCUCUGGGAGGUUUAUAAGAAAAGUAAGCCCGGCGAGCGGUUCUAUUGCAGUGACCUCUGGUUUGAGUGGAUGGAUGGGAAGGCCGAUGAGAAUCAGGGAGCUCGAGGUGAUAGUUUCGUAUUUGAGAAGCGUCCUGAGGGCGACUGGGCUCAGGAGGGAUCAAGGGACGUGGAAGUUGUUGGCGUUUAUGAUACCGUCAGCGCUAUUGGAAUGCCGGAGGUACUGGGAAUGAAGCUGCCAUCGUGGCUCUCGUGGUGGACGCGUAAGGGUGGGUGCGAAAAUGUUGAACUUUCAACUAAUGUCAAACAUGCAUUCCAGGCUUUGGCCCUCGAUGAACACCGCAACGCAUUUUCCCCUACUCUAUGGUAUCUCCCAAAAGUCGGAAACGUCACUCCAGAGCAGAUACAAAUCCAGAAGAGCAUGGUCGAUCAGAAAGCUCAAGCAUGGGACGAUCUCUUGCAAGACGCAAUUCGCCUCAAGGAUAGCGGCAAUGUUAGCGAUGAGGACGUCAACAACGCAGCCCGAAAGCUAAAUGAGACCGCCAGAGCCUUGAAUCGGGAGACUCGAAAGCUCUUAAAGCUACAAGAUGGCCACAAACACCAGCACCACCCCCGAACGUUGACACAAGUGUGGUUCCCCGGCUAUCACAUUAACAUUGGCGGAGGCUCGGGUGAAACCCUCAAAGGUGAGGGUGACAUGGAAGAAAUGUCUAAUAUCACCUUCUCCUGGAUGCUGGACCAAGUCAAGCCCUACCUAUCAUUCAACGAGGAGUCUCUCCAAGAGGAAAGAGAAGAGAGAGAAUACUAUAUUUCAACGCUUGUGGAAGAAACAGUCUAUGAAUCCUUAGGAGGUUGGGCUCGUCGCAAGAUUGCAGCAAUAUCCUCGGCUUUCAAACCCAAACAACCCUCCGCCCCUAAGCAACCCUCCACCUCUUCUGUCGAGUCCGUGAAGCGACGCAGCUAUGGUUGGGGAACAGGUCCGAUGCAAGACAGCUUUACGCCAUUCUACUACCUCAACGGGUCGGAGAGACGUACGCCUGGAAACAAUGAUCCUUUCGACAAAGACGGAAAUAUGCUAGGAGAGACUUUUGAGUUUAUUCAUCCGGUUGUGGGAUUUAGGGCGAAGCAGAUCAAGGACUACACGCCGAUUGGGCGUGAUGUCAAAUUUGCCCGUCGGAAGGUGGUUGACAAGAAUGGUCGCCCUGCUUAUGUCUAUGAUCUGGGCGGUGCUCGCAAGCCUUUGCCCGAGUGGCGCUUAGGAGGAGUUGACUCUUAUGAGAGACUUGCCAUAACCAGCAAGGCCGCAUAUGAUUAUGUCGACGAACUAGAUCUUGAUUUGAAGACUGGGAUCAAGACACUCCGCCGGUCUGUGUAUGGAGUUCGAGAUAUUGACCUCGGUAUUGAAGUCCCCAACACUGGACAACAGGAGGAUCUCAAAUCGGAGCAAUCUCAACGGGGGAGCAUCCAAUCGACGGGCUUUGGAACUAAGGAGAUGCUAUUGAGGAGCUCGGAUGUUUCAUACAGCGGGGAGGCAGUAACUGCGGUAUGA